UGGGAAAAUGUGGUCACAACCCAAUCACAUAUCGACAUCUUUGUUAACUACAUUCAAUAAAACCGAUUUUUGCGAAUCUGUGGUUUAUGCAACCUAGGUAAAUUCACAGGUUACUCGUAUGAGCAAUAAUUUCAACCAGCGGUUCUUUUUCAACAUGGAGCGGUUCAAAAUCCAUCAACCCAGUUCGAAGGAAGCUUGGAUCAGCGACAUAUCAUAAUUUCACCCACCGGAAUACUUUUUGUACGCAACGAAACUCUGAACUCGUCUUCUAUAAUACUUCGUAGCUGGUUUCGCUGUGCGAUAACCGCAUAAGGAAAACGCGACUAAGCUAUCGAUUGUGAAAUGUUGCUCCUAAUUAUCAUUAUUGCAACGCUCACGUUGCCGACUGACGGGAAACGAUUCUACAUCACCAGUUCGGGAGUCUGUACAGACUGCCGGUGGUCCGAGGAUCAGGAGUACCAGUGGUGCACAGCUGACACGUUGGAUUACUGCUCUACAUCACCAGGAUAUUCUUCGAAAAACAAAAAGUGUAAAUCUGAUCAUGCUUGUGACGAACACGGAUACGGGUACAUGUGGUGUUACCUGGAAGAAGGUGGCUGGGAUUACUGUUCCCUAAUCGAAGAUACAACGGCAAAGCAAUUUACUUACACAGCAAAAGAAUGCCAAAGCUAUUGCGAUAUCAAAGAUAAAGAUUAUAAGUGUCGCUCCACGGAUCAUACGUACGAGCACUGCUCGCUUAUUGAUGCGCUUACUUCGGAUGGGAAAGCAUGCCGGCACGAAUCAAACAACGACGAAACCUACUGCAGCCCUCACUCGUAUGCAUACAAGUGGUGUAGAGUUUUCGGAGGAUCCUGGGGUUACUGUUCUAGAGUAGAAUUUGACGAUAGUCUUCUCAAAACGGAUGUUGGGACCUGGCGAAAAAGAGCUAGAACGUCGACGUGCGAGCAUUCAGGUGCGACAAUCGUUCACCAAACCGAGCAGCACCUGGCGAACAGAAGCCGUCUUGUAACUACUAUUUUCUGUAAAAAUCACGACUCAUCAAUUAUCCAGCGUGCCACAGGCACUUGGUUGACCGAUGCCCGAACAGUUUUAUAUAGAUGGCACGCGCGUUUAAGCUCCGAUCGUCCAUUGCAUUCCACGACUGAGCAAAGUAACGGGCGAAUUCGUCUGGAUAGACAAGGAGUAUUUUCCAACAGUUACGGAAAUUUUAUCAACUUCCAGCUGCAAAUCAAUGAUGAACCUAUACGACCGUCUACAGUUGCUCAAGUGAAUAUUGCGUCGAACCUUCAAGGGUAUGAUCUACGAGGAUAUAGGCGUAUCUUAGUGACCGGUCUUCAUUACAGUUUGAACACCGGAGGCAGGGUUUGGAUUCUCCAACAGCGUCUGGGUCCUCGCGACGAAGCACAGUGCCCUCGGCAAUAGUAGCUUUUCAUUUGAGCUACAGGAUUGCACACGAUAUAUGAUCCAAUGGGAAUACAAGGUUUUUUGUAUGUCACGUGUGCUUUAUUAUUUUCAUACUCAUGAUGAGAUAUCAUACUCAUUAUCAUACACGAGAUGGUAUGGCAUGCAUGAUUGAAAUGGACGCGAAUGUGGAAUUUAAAUUUGGAUGAGUUCGAAUCGAUAACAGAAAUCCAUUUACUUCCUCCAAAUAAUUAUAGUUCCGGAUAGCGUAAACUGCAGAAAGCAGACUUCACGAAAUAAGUCGUUGAAUAAAUGAGAAUUUUGCAAAGUUGUAUAUCGUCAAAUACUUUAACACCAGUUUGUUAUGGUCGAGUCAUUUAUUUAUAAAUUAUUGGUUAGAUAGUUUAAAGUAUAUUAAUUAAUUGUCAUAAAUGUAUUUUAUCGAUUAAUCGUAUAAUUUCGAAACGUUCAGUACGAAUCGCUUCCUCUUGUGAAACCGAAUUCCUCAUACUAUACGAAACCUCUUUUAGUCAAUUGCGAAACGUAUUUCACAGAUUCUCAGAUUUUCGAGUUCCUUCACCUUUAAGAAAUGUAAGCGAAAUGCACAAUUCAUUGCGAGAACCCGGAACGACGCUCACUCACUUAGACACACUUUUAUAUUCUUGCAUACGCAUUUGCUCAACAGUCUAAAUUCUUACGCUGUUGUUCUAAUAUUGGAAGCAUCGAUAGAGAAUUUACAACAAAAAUUCGUUAGUCUUUCGCUAAUCUUCAGUCUAAGCGGAGCUCCUCAGGUAUUAUUACCUCGAGUCCGAGUCUUGUUCCAGGUUCUUACAAGAUAGUUAAUAAUUACGCGUCUUCGAAUCUUCGCGAUCAAGCAUCACUGCUCGAGGGCUAGUGAGGCACUGAGGUGCAGCGUUCCUUUACUUCUUGAAGGCAAAUAAGAACUCAUUAAUCAAUUAUUCACAUACUCAAACCUUAGAAGUACUAAUAAGAAAAAUCCAAAAAUCAAACAUUAUUUCGAUAUAUUAUAUUCUCAAUUCAUCGAGUGUACUACGCGAUUUGUGCACGUGGGUGUGCCGACUACACUGUCUUCGAGGAGACCCGCAACGUUCAGCAUCGCAGCACGCCUCAAAUUACGCGUAGAACAUCGACCCGUAAGUCCAAAACUGUAUCACCUUUUAUUUCAUUUAUGUUAUAUGAUUGUAAACAAGAGGAAGUAGACUGCGAUCUUAUUCGACUGUAAUCUAAAUUUCCAAUUAUUCCUCAAUAAACUCGUUACUUUUA